AUGUUAAAGAGAGUAGAGAAAGCCUCAGAAUAUGCAGUUUUGAAAGCAUUUUCUGCUGGAAAUUCAGAUUUUUCCAGAAGGCUUUGGGGCCAAAUCGUUGAUUAUGUUUUUCUUUUAUUGAUAGCUCAGGAGCUGGUCAAUGACUGGUUAGACACCAAACUUAAGCAAGAACUAGCAAGUGAUGGGGAUGCCGAAGACACUGUGUCAAGUAUCCCUCCUGUGUCAGAGGCCAGUGGUCAUUUGAAAUAUGACAAUUUUGACGAUUUAUGUAGCUAUUUGGAGGACGAAGAAGAAAGUACCACCAUUCAAAAAUUUAUAGACCAUCUGCUCCAUAAAGAUGUGGUAGAUUCUGGGAUGUUGGAAGAUCUUGGAAUGAAUGGGAACCAAGACCAGAAGCAGCAGAAGGAUCCUCGUCUUACCAUGGAGAUGAGACAUAAGCAGGUGAAAGAAAAUCGCUUAAGACGGGAGAAAGAACUGGAGCGCCAGAGAAUUGAAAAGACCCUGAAAAAAUCGAUCUUCCUAGAAGCUCAGUACCUUGUGCAAGAAGAGAAGAAAAGGAAGGCCCUGGAGGCCAAGAAAGAGGAGGAGGAGAUUCAAAGGGAGAUGGUAAAGCUGCGCAGGGAAAUAAUUGAGAGGAGGCGCACUGUGGAAGAAGCAUGGAAAACAGAAAAGAAGAAGCAAGAAGAAAAUUCUCCAAAAAUUCCAGAAAGAGUCAUGUUUCAAAGUGUUCCUAUUCUUCUGGAUGAAGAAAAAAUGGCAAAAGAAAGAAAGAAGAAACUGAAAGAGUUAUUAAUCCAAACUUUCAAGGAAAAUCACCAGUGUCAAAAGCGCUACUUCUCUGCCUGGCACAAGCUGAUUCUUGAUGACAGGAUUAAGCUGGGAAAAGCGGGGACCCUGUCUGAGUGGAAGUUACAGCUGAAGGUGCUGAAGGCCUGGAGAGACUACACAAGAUCUCAGAAGCUGGAACGGGAGACGCGCGCCAUGGAAAACGACCUUAGGGAAGAAAACAGGCAAUUCAUCUACCUUGAUGUAACUGCUAUACCCUCUUUGUGGGACAUGCCUCCCUCAGGGAGCAAUGGUUGUAUGCCUAGCCCCCACCUAGGAAGACCAACAAAGAGCACCUUGCAGGUUCCCUUCCAGAAUGGCCCUCCGGACACAUGUGACGGGCAGGAUGUUGAGCCUUCCCGACAGCCUGGCAGCAACGAGAAGCUCAGAACCACCAGCCGGAAAGCAGCACCCAUUUGCAUGGGUCAUUUCCACAGCCGCCAUGUCUUCCAGCAACAGCUGAUUGAGAAGCAAAAGAAGAAACUCCAGGAACAGCAAAAGACAAUUAUGGAGCUGAAGGAAAGCCAGAGGCUGGCGAAGGCUCAGUGGGCUGUGGAGCGUGCUGCAGUGGCCACAGAUGCACAGAGCCACCCGCUGUCAAUCCCCAGAAGAGAAGAAGAAGAACCAAAAGGAACCUGCCAGGUGCUUCCAAAUUCUCCUGUUGCUUCCCCUCCAACUGAAGGUAGUAGAAGUGACUCCCGAAAUUCUCUUUCUGGACCCAGAAGGAACCCAAGGCGGCUGAUGGUGCCCCAUCCCAUACUUAAAGCCAUGGAAGAGAGAGCAGUUCAGCGAGCUGAACGUAGGCGGAUCUUGGCAGAGAGGAAGAAAAAACAAGAAGAGGAGAAAUUGGCCCAGUUAAAGGCCCAAGAGGAGGAGCGUCAGAAGAGGGAGGCAGAAGAAAAGGAGGCUCAGCGUGAGAGAAAACAAGAAGAGAAGCGACUGAAGAAAAUGAAAGAACUAGAGAAACAGAAGAGAAUUCAGAGGAACCAGCAGCUGGAAGCAAUAGCCAAAAAUCAUUAUGAAAGUGUGUUGCUAAGAAAAAAAGGUCUGGAGCCCUGGAAGAGAUUGAGAAUGCAAAGCAAGCAAAACAUCCAGGUGGCUGAAGAGCAUCACUCUUUGGCCCUACAGAGGAAAUGCCUGCUGACCUGGGUCCAGUGUAGUCGGGAGAGCCUGGCUAGGAGGACGGCCCAGGCCGAUCAGCUCUAUUCCCAAACGCUGCUCAGGAGAGUCACCCGGAGCUGGCUGCAGUACCUGACUGACCUGGAGGAGGCAGUACGAAAGCAGUACGUACAUUUCCUUCAGAAGAAGAUUUUCAGGGCCUGGUUCAACAUGGUCAGGGAGGCCAAGGUCGAUUCUCAGAGCAAGCACAAGACUGCGGUGGAACAUAGUGACAGGAGGAUUCUCUGGGUCACAUUUCAGACAUGGAAGAAGUUUGCAAAAUUUAUGAAAGAGGAAAGAGUAAGAGAAGAGAGGCGAGAGCAACUCCGUAAGAAGGUAGCUGAGAUUCUUCCAGACUUCCAGGUGCUGGCACCACUGUGACUUACUUGUACCAGCAAUCGUGUAUUCGGCCCUCGUGGGAGAGGAGUACUGGGUGUGCAGAGCACACAAGCCAGUGCAGUGCUUGGGAUGGGGAUGUCCACCAGUCCAUAGUAUGGAUGUUAUCGCCACCCACCCACAUAUAUGCGCAUACACCUGGUUUAUGUUCUGUCACGUCCUUCUUGGAUCAAAGGAUUUUGUGCAUUUGUACUUCCUUCUUUUAUUUCUUAGAUUGCUAAUCAGUUCACUAAAGCAUUUGUCACAGCAGGAUCAUCCAAAGGAACAGUCUAGAGGGCUUCACUGUUCAAAUGUAUCCCACAUAUUUUUAGCAUCAUAAACUUCAAAAAGGACAAGUGUUUGCUUGCCUGAGCUUGUGGAGGAAAAUGUGUCCUUAUAGCUUAACAUGAGUUGUUGACAAAUGUUACUCCAAUUAAAAAGAAAUUAAAAUUAGUACUUAGAAAAGGGGCCAUGCCAUCUCAUACCUUAGCAUCAGCAACAGGCAUUCUGCCAGACUGUCCUUUUUUUGCCCACCCCGAUGGAAAACCCCGUAUCAAAAGGUAGGUACUCUGUGUUGCUUCUGCAGAGGGUAACAGCGUAUCCUAAUUUCAGAGAAAUUGGGGCACCAAAGAUACUUCUCUUCAGUGCAACUUGAUAAGCAGGAAGGGAAUUGCAAAGCUCAUGACUGUCAAAGGCAGUCCAUCAAUUCACUAAAAUGUCUUCAUGCCCCCGGUUGCAAUGUCUAAGUAAUACCUGAUGUAGCAUCUAGUCCUUGGCUCAGUUUGAUCUAUAUGUCAAGAUAUUUAUCUUGAAUUCAAAGAAUGUUUUAAUCUUUAAGGUACUAUAAAGACAAAAUGCUCCCUUCUGUGAACUGAGAAAAUUACCUGCUAGAAAAAAUUGUUUUCAUUACAAAAUACAUGUUUAUUACAAGUUCAAGUAGUAGAGAAAUACAUACAAAAUGAGAAAGUCUCUUAUAGCCCAGAGGUAACUAUUAUUUGAUAAGUUGAAAAUCUGAGUUGGUAAAUAAAAUUGUGUUCAAUAAAUUCUGUUAUUGUGCCUUACUUCGUAGAAGGGCUUUCUAGCUACACCACCUGCAAAAUGACUUCUCUCCUUUUUCUAUGGAAGAUAUGUGAUGAUUUACUCAGAUAACGACAAAACACCCUAAGUUGAAAUUUAUUUCUUCUACAAUGUCCCUGUCCCCACACCUUUUCCUUUAAUGUGACUGAUUAUACAGCUGUCAUCUAAAACUUCUUAA